AAAAGCUAUUAUAGCCGGUUCGAUAUAUUUCUCCAGCACACGGUAGGAGGGAGAAGAUAUAUGAUAACGAGGAAAGCAAUGGACAUGAAGGCGUUGUUUCACAAGUUGAAGCCCUUCCUUGCUGUGGUAUUCUUGCAAUUCGGGCUGGCAGGGAUGGAUAUCCUUUGCAAGGCUGCCCUAAACAAGGGCAUGAGCAAUUACGUGUUCGUCGUCUACCGCCAUGCCGUCGCCACGUUGGUCAUUGCCCCUUUCGCCGUCGUCCUAGACAAGAGAACAAGGCCGAACAUGACACUCCCCAUCUUCAUCAGACUGAUGCUGCUUGGCUUACUGGAGCCAGUCAUUGACCAGAACUUGUACUAUUUGGGGAUGAAGCACACGACGGCGACAUUUGCAGCUGCCAUGUGCAACAUUCUUCCGGCCAUCACUUUCGUCAUGGCUUGGAUCAUUCGGCUUGAGAAGGUGAAAAUGAAGAGUUUUCACAGCCAAGCUAAGGUGUUUGGGACACUAGCUACGGUUGCUGGCGCCAUGAUCAUAACGCUAAUCAAAGGUCCGGUUCUCGAACUAUUUUGGACAAAAGGAGGAGGGACGACCACCAACAACAUUCAAAACGAGAGUGCUAAUAGUGGGAUCAGCCUCCGGAAUUCCAUCAAGGGUUCUCUCAUGAUCACAAUUGCAUGCUUCAGCUGGGCUUGCUUCAUGAUUCUCCAAGCAAUAACACUACAUACAUAUCCUGUUGAGCUCUCUCUCACGGCUUGGAUAUGUUUUUUGGGGAUGGUCGAGGGUGCCGUUGUGGCUUUGUUCAUGGAAAGAGGAAACGCCGCCGUUUGGUCCAUACAAUGGGACAUCAAAUUACUCGCGGCUGUCUACAGUGGAAUAGUGUGCUCCGGAGUGACUUAUUACCUUCAAGGUGUGGUCAUGAAAGACAAAGGACCGGUUUUUGUCACGGUCUUCAGUCCUCUAGGUACGGUGAUUGUCGCUGUUUUGAGUACUUUCAUUUUAGCCGAGCGGCUUUUCUUGGGAAGGAUUAUCGGUGCCAUCGUCAUUGCGGCUGGUUUAUACCUUGUUGUUUGGGGCAAAAGCAAGGACUACGAGUCUUGUUCUUCGCCAUUAGACGAGCAAAAAACGUUGCCGACAAAGUUGGUUGACCCCGGGGGCAACGGGAAGGAGAACAUUAGUCAUGAGAUGAUCAAGAUUAGUACAUUUAAUGACAAAGAAACUCCGGAAAUUAACGGAAAAUGAUUGAUCAUCGUGGAUGUUAUAUUUGUAGUGACAUAAAGUUAGCCAAUCAAGAAGGCGCAACAUAAUUAGGCGUUUGGAGAGAGGUCUUUGCAAUUGUGAACGUUAUUCGAACCUUCGAAAUUUGUACAUUAUAUGAUUUUUGGUA